AAACCGGUAGGCUGGGUGGAGUGAAGGCAGAGGCAGACGGAGUUCAUUGUUGGAUACGUUGCUCACCUGUUGUCCAGCUGCGAUUAAGAUUUAUUUUUUACCUUCGAAGGCGCUUGUUGUUUAAUUGUCAGAGUUGCUCGGAGUGUUAGUCCACACAGGAUGACGGACACCAUUCUAACGAACGGAAUCGAAGACAGCGGAGGAGACGGUAGUUACUUCAAAAAGGGUUGCAACCCCCUUGCACAGACCGGACGAAGCAAACUUCAGAGUAAACGGGCCAGUCUGAACCAGCAGAUCAUCAAACAGAUGAGGAUGAGGGCUGGAGCUGAGAACCUGCUGAAGGCUACAAACAACAACAAGGUUAAAGAGAUGGUAGUUCUCGAGUUGAGCUACAUCAACUCCAACCUGCAGCUUCUCAUGGGACAGCUAGAAGGACUCAACAGCUCUGUGGACGUCUACCAAAGCACACAGGAAACAGCCAACAUUCCCCUGAUAGCUUUGGGUCUAAAGGAGACAAAAGAAGUUGACUUUUCUACUCCGUUCAAGGACUUCAUCCAGGAGCACUACAAUGAAGAUGGUAGAAGUUUUGAGGAGGAGAUAGCAGACCUGAUGGAUGUGCGGCAGGCAUGCAGAACACCAUCACGCACAGAGGCCGGAGUGGAGCUGCUCGCAAAAUACUACAACCAUCUUCCCCUCAUAGAAAACCGAUUCUUCUCCCCGACCCGCCAGACAGGCAUCUUCUUCACCUGGUACGAUUCCUUCACUGGGAUGCCGGUGUGCCAGCAGAACCUGUCUCUAGAAAAGGCCAGCAUCCUCUUCAACAUGGCCGCCCUUUACUCCCAGAUUGGUGCUCGCAGUGACCGACAGACAACAGAGGGCUUGGAGGAGGCCAUCUCUGCCUUUCAGAAAGCUGCAGGUCUCUUAAACCUCCUGAAAGAGACGUUCACCCACAUUCCCAGCUUCGACAUGAGUCCGGCAAUGAUCAGCAUGCUGAUACGGCUGAUGCUUUCUCAAGCUCAGCAGUGCCUGCUUGAGAAGAUCGUACUGAAUGGAGUCCCAAACCAGUUCUGCUCUCUGAUAAAAGUUGCUCAGGAGGCUGCUAAAGUCUCAGAAGUCUAUGACCAAGUCCAUCAGUCCAUGAUUCAGACGACAGUCAAAGACAAUGUCCCAUUCUUCUGGUCCACCAUGUCAGUAGUCAAAACCAACCACUACCGAUCCAUGGCUCAUUACUUUGUAGCUAUAGCACUGCUGGAUCAUGAAUUGAGACCCAGUGAUGAUGAGGACCAGCAGGAGAAGACAUUAUCACAGGUGUAUGAUGAGCUCCCUGAGGAAAGCUCGCCUGUCGACAUCCUGAAGAACAAAGAUGAACGUGAGCGCUUCGGUAAAGCUCACAUUCGCUAUGCCAUCUUGGGUCAAGAGGAGGCUCUGAGGAUUUAUGGUCUAUGUGAACACUUGAACCAGCUGGAGACCCUGAAGGACAUUUUAAAAGCCAGCCACCACCUGUCGCUUGAAAAGUACAGUUUCUAUGAAGACGAGGAAGAGUUCACGGACUACAUGGAAGCUCCAGAUGUCAUCCCUAAAACAGAGUACAGAGCAGAAAUGGAGGUUCCCACAGCAACAAAGGUGAAAGUCAUCGACUUUUUCCAGAGACUGGGCCCUCUGUCAGUCUUCUCAGCCAAACAGAAGUGGACACCCCCAAGGACAGUACGGAUAUUUCCAGUAGAUAGAGACGAAGGUUUUAAUCUGAAAGGAGACGCUCCUGUCCAGGUGGUUUCAUUGGACCCGUCCUGUCCCGCUGCAGGUGUUGGUCUAAGAGAGGGUGACUAUAUUGUUGGUGUGGGUCAAAAGGACUGCAAAUGGAUGGGAGUGGGUGAAAUGUUACAACUUCUGAAAGAUGUCGAUGAAGACGGGAUAGAAAUCCAGGUGGUGAGCCUGAUGGCCAGCAGCCCUUCAUUGCCAACCAAGAGUGCCACCUUUUCUGGAAACUUGCCUAAAACCUAUUCCAUGAUUUGCCUGGCUUAUGAUGAUGAAGAAAAGCAUCCGAAAUCCCGCAAAGUAACCAAGAAGUCAUCAUUUCUGAGCUGGGGCCUAAAGAACAAGACUAAGAGUGCCAGCACCCUGAGCCUGCCGACAGUGGGUCAGUCUGGUGCUCUGCCCUGGAACAAACCCAUUCCCACCUUCCCCAGCUCCAGCACCUACAACAUCGACGGCGGCCACUGAGCUGACCGCAGCCUUCCUGCUGUCUGCAGAUAAUGUGCAGUGUAUGUACAGCUUGUGUACAGUACUUUGCUGUAGCCAUACUGGACCUGCUGUAGUACACUGUUGGUGUCUGUUGGUGUUUCCACAAGAAGAUCAGCAGUACUGUUUGUACUGCUGCUUGUGUUUCACCAACAUAACUGUUACCAGCUGCUAUUAAACAAAACAAUUAAAUAAAAACUAAAAAUCACUGGACCAAAUACUGCACGCUGGUGCCUGCGCUGUUACACGGGCACCAUCCAAGGACAGUUCUGUAGUUUAGGAAAGCUGAACUGAACAUCAAGAAAGAAGCUAGAGCUCCUUCUGCAUCAUUCCAGUAUGUGUACAGCACAGUACAACUGCAAAUACCAGUUAUCAUUUUACACCUGUCAGUCACAAAUCUCUGCUUUUUUUUUUAUUUUUUGUAAGGAACACUCCAGUCAAGUUAAGAAAAGUAAAUAAAGUUGUGAAAGUCACUGUCUUAACUGCAACGAGGUGGUUUUAUUGCAGUGAGGUCAGUGUGUCACUGCGCUUCGUGCAUAUGUUUUAUACUGUACAAAUGAAGGACUCCGUCAACGUCACAAUGUUUGUUGCCGGGGUUAGAAAGUCGUAUGAUUUCUAAAUAAAAUUUACUUUUUAAUAAAUGUUCUUGCAAAAAUGAUAGUGAUUGAGGGAAAAGCAAACCGUGCUGUGAACUUUUUUUAAAUUUUAUUUUCCUAGGAAGAGUUGUAGAAUGCAAUAUCCUAUGAGCUGCUAAAUCUGAUGUGUGUACCUUGUUUAUGUGUUUGUGUAUUUG